AGGCUAACAUGUAUGAAUUUAAGGGGUUGUGAAUCCCUAACAGAACUGCCAGACUUCAGUGGAAUCCCCAACUUGAAAAAGUUGGAUCUAGCAGAUUGUAAAAAUCUUACAACAAUACCAUGCAUUGAGUUACAAAAUCUAGAGAUACUAAAUGUGAGUAGAUGCUCAAAUCUUCUUACAUUUCAAGCAAAAGCAAGUAUUUCACAUGAUCAUGACAGUGGCUCGCUAGCACUUCCCAAGCUACAUGUACUCAAAACCGAAGGGUGUAAUUUAUCAACUGUUGAUUUCAUUGGGAGUCUUGAUUGCUUGGAAACAUUAACCGAACUACAUCUCUCAAGUUGCAAUUUUGUUAGUGUUCCUGCACUUGGCAAAUUUGUAAACUUAAAAGAGAUUAACUUGUCUUAUUGCAAAAGACUUCGAGAGAUUCCAGAGCUUCCACCAAAUAUACUCGAGGUAAAUGCGAGGGAUUGCGAAUCACUGGAGAGAUUUUUUAUAUUGCCCAUGUCUCCCAUCUCUUUGAGUGAGUCAAGGAUGUACUUGUGGAAUUGCCAGAGUCUGGGCUAUGACAUGGAGAAGAUGGAAAAUAUUUUGCUGAAUAAUCAGAAGUCCCGGUUUAGUGUUGUAUUACCUGGUAGUGAUGUUCCAAAGUGGUUCCAUUGUUCGAAGGAGCUUGCUGCUAAUGAAAAAGGUGUGUUCAGUAAAUGUGCAAUUUCUUUUGAAAUCCCAAGCAAAUUGAAUUGGGAGAACAUAGGAGUGGCUGCUUGUUCUGGUGAUGACACUUCUAAUUUGUUGUUCAACUCUCGAGCUGAUAUUUCCAUCAAUGGGGUACUCAUAUAUCAGUGUUCCAGAUUGCGCAGUUCAACGCCAGACCAUAUGUGGCUAACUUGUAUUCCAUUAUCUGAUGAAAUAAAGGGAAAGGUGGAUCAGAUAAUGGAAUCUUGCCCUUAUAACGAUCAAAAGGGUUGGUGGCCUUAUAAGUGUCGAGUUCAAUUUUACCCUGCUCAUUGCAUGAAAAGCUGUGGAGUUCACCUCGUAUGCCAACCACCGAAUGAAUAUUCAAAUAAGAUUGUAAUGGCGGAUCAAAUCUCCCAGACUUCUGAUUGGGAAGCCAAUAUUGAUCUUGUUCCCGAUUGGCUGUCAACUCUUGCUAAUUAUGAUUCUACCUCACCAGCCAGUACUCCAUAGUUCCAACAAUAAUAUAUGCCAUGUUCUUUCAGAGACUAGCUGCUAUUUUCAGUGGGGACUAUAGAUUUUCCACUCGGAAAGGUCACAGAUUCUGGCGAAGUUGGACUAUAGAUUUUUCCAUUUGCUGAUUGCUGAUCUAACUGAAUUUGAGAUGAUUGCAAAUGAGCUAGAAGCAAAG